AUGUUCCCUGUCCUAGGCCUGCUACAAAAUUUAGAGUGCAACAAGAAAUCCACGUGCAAUAACGGCGUUUGUGUAUUUAGCCAUUCUAUCGUACAGCGUCCACCACCACCAAAGCCAUCUUCGAAACCACAAACCGCGUUACCAACCGCGCUAGCACCGAAGAAGCCACCGAAGCGACCGAGCGAUCCCGUUCCUCAGCCGGCUCCGAAGAAGAGAGUGAUUAAAUCGGAACCAUCUCUCCCGCAAACACUCUCAGACGGCACGCCGAGAAUACACGCAUCGGCUGCUCAUUCCAAGAUACCAGUAGGCGAUCGCCAGCGUAGCUUGUCUGCGCUGUAUGAGCAGUUUUACAAGAUGUACGCAAAGCUUGACGAUAGAAAGACAUGUGCUUUCAGGGAUGCCAGAGAGCAGGAAACAGAGAUAUACGAGUCGACACAGACGAAUACCUACAAAUCAGCGACAGCAAAUACCCUUAUAAAAUUAAAACGCAGAGCUCCAAUUACAGACAGCACUUCCCCGGUGAUUGGUACCGAGAACACGAUAAGGAAAAGGUUGGAAGAAGCCGAGCGGAGCCAAUCAACGACUCUGACAAGAAGUAACUUGAAAAAGUAUAUACCAACACCUGCGCAGCUCCAGGAAUACGGCUAUGUGGUCGAUAUACCAAAUACACUCGGUGGUAGUGAGCCUAGUGCAGUAGGUCAGAUGAAGGAUUGCUCGCGCUGCAACCAGAAGUACAUUGUCGAGGAUGGCGAUCUACUUAAGGACGACUGCAAGUUCCACGAUGGCAAAGCUAUAACUACAAAGGUGGAUGGAAGGCGGUCGAGGAUUAUGUCAUGCUGCUCAACGCAGAUGGGAAGUUCAGGUUGCUGUACAGGCCCGCAUGUAUUUCUGGAAAAGGAUGCUGAGAGUUUGAACAAGCGAGCAGGAUUCAUACGCACACCACUUCGGAGCGAUUCUCUUGAUGUCGUCGCGCUGGAUUGCGAAAUGAGUUUCACGACGUCGGGAAUGUCUCUGACGCGGUUAACAGUAGUGAAUUCUGACGCGGAGGUGAUACUAGACGAGCUGAUUAAACCGCACUCCAAAAUCAUAGACGCUAAUACAAGAUUUUCGGGUGUGACCAUUAAGCAGAUAGAGGAAAGUGCAGUGUUUGAUUUGGUAGGAAUACGUAGCGUCUUGUUCGAAAUCGGUGUCGGAAGCGAUACCAUCAUAGUGGGACAUGGACUCGAGAACGAUCUAAACGCACUACGGAUAGUGCAUUCGAAUAUACUUGACACUGCGAUUCUCUAUCCACAUCCGGCUGGACUGCCUUUUCGCAACUCGCUUCGAAACCUGGCUGCCGAUGUGCUGAAGAAAUUCAUACAGGAUGCAGCACCAUCGAGUGGCACAGUGGUUGCAACACACUCUUCACUUGAAGAUGCAUCGACGACAUUGGAUUUGUUAAGAAGUUUCAUGAAUAAGAAUUAG